AAAGCAGAAGCGAAGUUGCAGACGAUGUGGUGUGCGUCGCGCCGUCGUCCGGCUGACCACAUUAGUUCGGGAUCUUUAUGAGCUGUACCCAUGAACGUUGACCCGCGCAAGACCUAUCAUCGAAGCUACUUACAUGCUCAUGACAUGCGAAACACCUGAAGCCCCGACACUUCCGGUUCAUGAGCUCCAUGGUUGACACUAACAAGUCGCCUAGCAUAGAAGAUCAGAAGUUGUCGGUAUGUCGGUGACGCACUAGGGCAUGUACGGGAUGAGGUCGGCUACGAGGCUGUGGGUUGUGAUAUCGAUCCUAGUAACCGUGAGGGGUGCGAUGGAUGUCAGUAUGAAAGCUCUCAUAGUGCCAUGUGACACCGACGUCUACCAGCCGCCGGAAAUACAUAAGAGCCUUACGAAAUGCCAGAGGAAGAUUCAAGUGUUGCUCUUAAUCAACAACACAGGCAAGGGAUCCAAAGGGACCGGCUUCGUCCAUGUCACCCGAGUGUAUGAACCUGAGUUCGAGCGUACGUCUCGGCUCUUCAAUACCAUCGUGAUAAGACUGCGGCGGGAUAAUCUCCUGCUGGCUUAUCCGUUCAGAUACCUCACGACGGUAAACGAAAAAAUCUCUGAAUCGUAUAAAGUACGAACAUCGUGCGACAUCGAUAUCUGCGGGCAUCACACGGCCAGUCUGCUUCAGCCGAAGGGAUACUGUUGCAACUGUGAGCCAGGAAAUAACUGCACUGUGCAUUGCUUGAAUUACAGCAAAUUUUGGUACUUCGUGUGUCUGCUCAGCCGGCCCGUUAUCAAACAGAACUGGUACAUUAAACUCUUUGUCGAAACUCAACACGCCGCCAAGAGAUGGAACCAAGUCAUGCCUCCCAAGGAAGAACUCUCGCUCAGCGCUGAACAACCCGAAGAUUCCGAUCAACAAAACACGGUGAUUGCAAGUUUUCUGUCGGACAAAGCUUCCGAAUCCGAUCUGGUCCUGAAAAACUACAAGAAAGUACGAGUUCUAAUUCCCUGUCCGACGCCAGGUGUCGCCGUUUCGCAGUUGCCGUCUGUCUACGCUGAAGGAUCCGAUAAUAUCCUGCUUGUGCCGAGCAGCGUGCCAACAUUCAAAGAUAUAUCCGAAUGCCUGAACGAUACUACAACUUAUAAAACGGGCAAUCAUUGCCAUCCUACGUACAACAAGUGCUUCGAAGAACAACCGCAAGAUAUAUUUGUGAGAGAGGAGGCGAAGCGAAAAGCAGGCCGUCCAACGCCAGUGUUGCUUAGUUUCUACCGGCACAGUCUUCCCGAGGCCCCUAUCCUGUAUAAUGCGAGUAGCGGAGAACGGUUCCUGACUUUCCUCUACCGCCAACCUCACAUGAGCCUCAUUGUCAUGGAGAUCAAUGCGGAUAAUCUCACUCUAGUGCGAGAAAGCACAAAAGGGCGUAUCAACGGCGUGUCCAGUCGAAGUACGCAUGCGGGUUCCUACAUUCGAGUGCAGGUCUCAAACUUGGGCAUCGCUCCCGCCAUCUUCACGGUACAAGCGACGCAGUGUACACACGGGGUUGCCAACAGCGACACUGAUACUACGCUGUUGACUCCUCAGCAGUCUACCUUACUGCUUCUGGUAGUGCACUUUGGCGAUUUGGACAUACGUAAUGAUAUCAACUGUACAGUGGAACUGCAUGACUCUGAAUUCGGAUUGAUAGCAUCCCGUCUGGUAACACUGCGUCCGAAGAAACUGUGCCACUGCUACCUGUCUUGCAGAUGCAGUUGCGCAGGCGAGAAGGUGGACUGCCAGCUAAUGCACGCACAGGAUGCAGUCAAAGCUGGGGUCUAUAAGAACAGAACAACCAGGGACGAUCACGCACCGCGAUUCGCUGAGAGCCAUAGCACGUUAGUAGCCACUGCAGCCAUACUCCUUACAGCAGGAUUUUUGAAAGCAUUUUUCGGCUUCGUUGGCUGGAAGAAGGUGGGACGUUUCGGUAUUCAUUCCUGUCUUUACGGCAAGACGCACUUGAAGCGGUACUACGAGCACGACAUCAGCAAAUAUCCCGUGCAGCACGAUUGCGAAGGGUAUCCCAUACACCCGAAAACGAAAGUACGGACUCGCACCAUGAGCUACGUAGGAGAGUUCCUGUUGAACACCUUCUUCUUCUUCGUCUGGCCCUUCUUACUGUGUCAACCCAGGGUGUCUAGACUGAGCACGACCAUACACUGCGUGCGCGUACGGGGAGAGCAGAGGAGACAGUCUCUGGAGCCAACGCGCCCUUCCAAAGGUGUGCCCAAUAAGAGGUCGUCGGCGUCGGAACCUCUCUUGCCCACGGGAACAAAAUUCUAAACCUUCUGCUGCAGCCUGCAUGAUAGAAAUUCUUCAAACGUCUUUUUACGCACGAUGGGAGCGUACCGAGUUCAGCAUGACAGCGAUAGCCGGACAGCGACACGAAAUGAUCGAAACAGUGCCAAAACGCUUGCGUGUGUUUUCCAAUUAAAAUUGAGAACGACCGUAGACGGAAAAUAUGUCGGCCGAAAGUGA